AUGCUGUCAAUAUCUAUCAUCCAUUUUACGAAAUUCUAUCUCAUGACACAGCAGUAUCUACAGAAUACACUUUUCCCAACACAGCAGAAUGCACUUUUCCCAACACAGUCCCAACACAGCAGAAUACACUUUUCCCAACACAACAGAAUACACUUUUCCCAACACAGCAGAAUACACUUUUCCCAACACACAGCAGAAUACACUUUUCCCAACACAGCAGAAUACACUUUUCCCAACACAGCAGAAUACACUUUUCCCAACACAGUAGAAUACACUUUUCCCAAAAACAGCAGAAUACACUUUUCCCAACACAGUAGAAUACACUUUUCCCAACACAACAGAAUUUUUCCCAACACAGCAACACAACAGAAUACACUUUUUCCCAACACAGCAGAAUACACUUUUCCCAACACAACAGAAUACACUUUUCCCAACACAGUAGAAUACACUUUUCCCAACACAGUAGAAUACACUUUUCCCAACACAGCAGAAUACACUUUUCCCAACACAGCAGAAUACACUUUUCCCAAAACAGCAGAAUACACUUUUCCCAACACAGUAGAAUACACUUUUCCCAACACAACAGAAUACACUUUUCCCAACACAGCAGAAUGCACUUUUCCCAAAACAGCAGAAUACACUUUUCCCAACACAACAGAAUACACUUUUCCCAACACAGCAGAAUACACUUUUCCCAACACAACAGAAUACACUUUUCCCAACACAGUAGAAUACACUUUUCCCAACACAGAAUACACUUUUCCCAACACAGCAGAAUACACUUUUCCCAACACAGCAGAAUACACUUUUCCCAAAACAGCAGAAUACACUUUUCCCAACACAGCAGAAUACACUUUUCCCAACACAGUAGAAUACACUUUUCCCCAACAGAAUACACUUUUCCCAACACAGCAGAAUACACUUUUCCCAACACAGCAGAAUACACUUUUCCCAACACAGUAUUGCUUUUCUUUGGGGGUACCUGAAAAUAUAAUUAUAUUUCAUUCUGUUUAUAUUUCGACCUGUCUAUCAAUCACAAUCUCUUUCUUUCUUUCUUUCUUUCUACAUUAUCUAUCUAUCUAUCUAUCUAUCUAUCUAUCUAUCUAUCUAUCUAUCUAUCUUGCAGUUUAUGGCGGUAAAAAAGAUAAUCCCACAGAAAGAGUCACUCUAUCACGGCUGACCAACUUUAAUAUACACGGAUGCAAACAGGCGAAGACUAUCUAUCUAUCUAUCUAUCUAUCUAUCUAUCUAUCUAUCUAUCUUCUUGUCUGUCUGUCUAUCUAUCUAUUUAUCUUCUUGUCUGUCUGUCUAUCUAUCUUAUAUCGAUCUGCCUAUGUACCUGGUUGA